AGCUGCAAAAUGUGGGUGGGAGAUUCCCGCUUGGCAGCUACUGCAUGAGACCAGAGCGGAUCCCGAGGCUGCGCCAUGCUCCCUUUGCUAUGUGUCUUCAUCCUCUUGCCAGCUGUUGCCACCCAGGAAUCUGUACCUGAUGCAGCACCAUCGUGCCCAAAGGAAGUAUCUAUCCGAGGUGGUACCGUGUCGGUCUCAGAUGGCUAUCGCCCCGGAAGCCUCCUUACCUAUUCCUGCCCAACUGGCUCCUAUCCAUAUCCAUCCCGAAGUCGGAUCUGCCAGUCAAGUGGGAUGUGGUCUCCCAUGCGCUCCCCGACUGGAGGCCUUAUCAGGCAAGCACAGUGCAGAGACAUACGCUGCCCUGCACAGCAGGCCUUCGAAAAUGGCUUCUUCAGUCCCCGACGCAGCUGGCACCCUGUUGGUGCUGUCCUGAGCUUUGAGUGUUCUGAUGGAUACCAGCUCCAUGGUUCGGCCCAGCGGUACUGCCAGCCCAAUGGCCGCUGGAAUGGAACUUCCCCAGUCUGUGAGGAUGGAGCGGGGCACUGCCCAAGUCUUGCCAUUCCGCCAGGGGCCAUUGCUAGUGGGGGGCGCAAUCAUCUUGGUGACCGGAUCACAUUCCAGUGUCAGAGAGAUCUGGACUUGGUGGGGUCAUCCCAGCGUGUGUGCACUCCAGAGGGUGAAUGGUCAGGAGCUGAGCCAAGCUGUAGAGCCCCAUUCUCUUAUGAUCGGGCUGAAGAUGUUGAAGCCGAAUUUGGAGCCUCGUUUACUAAUGUUCUGAGUGCUGUAUCAUCUUCUGGGCCUGACCCUUCUGGGACGCUACAAGCUCCAUCUUUAGGACGAAGGCUUAUACUGUCCAGAGAAAGUUUCCUCUAUGUCUACUUGCUUCUCGAUGCUUCCCACAGUGUCACUUUAGACAACUUCAAGAUCUUUACACAGUGUGCACAGAUUAUAAUUAACAGGAUUGCUAGCUUUGAUGUUCCCAUCCGGUUCUCGGUCAUCUCUUAUGCCAGCCAGCCCAAAACCAUUGUUCACAUAAAUGAUGAUAUUGCUGAAGAUCCAGAUGAAGUUCUCGACAAGAUGGCAAAGGAUAUGAAAUACAAAGACCAUGGCAACGCAACAGGAACCAACAUUCAGGCAGCACUGACAGCUGUGUACGAGAUGAUGGUUAGCCAUGAAGCAGCUGCCAAGCAUCCAUGGAACAGAAUCCGUCAUGCCAUCAUUCUGCUCACAGAUGGGAAGUCUAAUAUGGGAGGUUCUCCCAGAAAUGCAGUGGUCAGGAUUGAAGAGUUAUUGGACGUGAGAGAAAACCGAAAAGACUAUCUAGAUAUCUAUGCCUUUGGCAUUGGAAACUUGGACGUGGACUGGAAUGAUAUGAAUGAAAUAGCAUCUAAGAAGCCAGGGGAGAGGCACACCUUCAUACUGAAAAGCUCUGAGGAACUCAAGAAAGCAUUUGAAGAUGUCCUGGAUCCCAAAGAUCUGGAUGACAUAUGUGGUUUGGCAAACAACUCUGAUAGUGCCAGGUGGGAUCAGAAGAACCCGUGGCAUGUGGCCCUCCAAGAAAAUACUCAGCUAGAACCUUCUUGCCGGGGGGCUUUGAUUUCAAAGACCUGGGUUCUAACAGCCGCUCACUGCUUCAAUCAGUUGAACAACACUUCUGGCUGGAAAGUUAUUUUGGGAGGUGGGACCAGACAAAUAAAGAGACGGAUUGACCAUGAAUUGUACAAUGUUCGAGCUAAAGUGGCCAAAGGCAUCAAGGAAUUCUACGAUUAUGAUAUUUCCCUUCUUGAACUGGAGAGUCCUGUGCAGUUUGGUGGGAAAGUCAGGCCAAUCUGUGUUCCUUGCACUGAAGGUGCCAACAAGGCCCUGAAGAAGCCACCGACCACAACAUGCAAAGAUCAUGAGCUGGAGUUGCUGAGUUCAGAGAAGAUGCCUGCCGAAUUCAUAGCGCUGGACAACAAGAGAAAGGAGGUGCAAAUCAGAACAAAGACAAGUCGUCCCUUGUGUAUUUCCGGAGCUGUCCAAAAGGAUAUGAUAUAUUCCAAUGUGUCUGAUGUCUCUGAAGUGGUAACGGAGAGGUUCCUGUGCAGUGGACAAGAUAAAAUGAAAGAAGAGGCCACUUGCAAAGGCGAAUCUGGGGGGUCAUUGUUUGUGGAGAAGAGAGAAAGAUAUGUUCAAGUGGGUGUGAUCAGCUGGGGCACAUUUGACCCAUGUGAAAAGAAGAAGAAAAAUCGGGACACAGGGGAAGUAAUACGGGACCGUCCUCCACGGGGCCAUAAACCAAGAGAUUUCUACAUCAGCCUGUUUGGUGUGCAGGACUGGCUGCGGCGUCACCUUAGUGGCUCCCUGAAAUUCAUCCCUAAGCAAUAUUCAAGUGGUGUAACGUAUGGAACCUGUGACCCCAAAGGAGCUGAGAUUUUAGGGGGCCAAUAUACAUUGCUGGAAAACGGGACUGUGCUGAAAUAUGAGUGCCCAGAUAGGCAAUACCCUUAUCCUACAGAGUACCGGUUUUGUCACAACAAGAGGGAAUGGAGCCCCAUGAGGAAUACGCGCCAAAGGCUCAUCAGCAAAGCUGUGUGCCGAGACAUCCGCUGCUCCAGGCCUAUAGAAUUUGAACAUGGUGAAUACGAGCCCCGCCAGCCUUACUACAAUAUAAGCCAGGAGCUGAGGUUUGAGUGCUACCAGGGGUACACGCUGCGAGGGUCCCAAAACCGCACCUGUCUCCCCAAUGGGAAAUGGAGUGGAGACACAACUAUAUGUGACGAUGGAGCUGGCCACUGCCCCAGUCCUGGUGUCCCCAUCGGUGCCCGGAAAGCUGGCACUCAUUACCAGAUAGGAUACCAGGUCAAAUACAACUGUGACAACGGCCUUUCUCUCAUGGGAUCCAAAGAACGGAUUUGCCAAGAAUCUGGAGCCUGGAGUGGAUCGGAACCAGAGUGUCGAAGUCCAUACACCUACGAUACCCCAGAAGAAGUCGCCAACCAGUUCAUCUCAUCCCUCACUGAAGUUGCAGAGUCCUCGGACCCCAAUAAAGUCAUUUCGGAUACAGAGAAACGUAAAAUCAAAAUCGAGGCUGAUGGCACACUGAACGUCUACAUUGUCCUCGAUGCCUCUCGAAGCAUUGGCAAAAAAGAUUUCAAGGACUCUAAGGAGGUGGUCGUCACAUUGAUUGAGAAGCUUUCCAGUUAUGAUGUUGCCAUCAACUAUGGCAUCAUCACUUUUGCCACCCACGCCAAGGAGAUUCUGAGUACAACCGACCCGAUGAGCCACAAUGCUGCCUGGGUAAUUGAGCGACUGGAGAACAUCACGUACUCAGAACACAAGCUUAAGCCUGGAACCAACAUCCAUAGAGGCCUGACUGCUGUUUAUGAAAUGAUGGUCAACCAAGAAAUGAAAGAAAAGAAAGAUGGACAGAAUCCCGCUCCUGUUGCCACCAGCACACGCCAUGUGAUCAUCCUCCUGUCUGAUGGAGACUAUAACAUGGGGGGUACCCCAGUUCCUGUCAUCAGGAAAAUCAGGGAUUUCCUCAGUAUUGGGCACCCCCUCAAACCUCGUGAGGACUACUUGGAUGUUUACGUUUUUGGUGUCGGGAGUUUGGUCAACACAGAUAACAUGAAUGAGCUGGCAUCUAAAAAAACCGGAGAGACACACAGCUUCAAACUCAAAGACAUCAAGGACCUACAGGAGGCCUUUGAUAACAUGAUUGAUGAGAAUGAGGUUUUCAGCAUGUGUGGUUUGGCCAAGGAAUUCAAAGGUGCAGACGACCAGGAAAAAAAUCCUUGGCAUGUUAAUAUUCACAUCAGGCGUUCUGGGAGUGGAUAUGAGCACUGCAAAGGAGCCCUUGUUUCUAAGUAUUUCGUCUUGACUGCAGCCCACUGCUUCACCAUAGAUGAUAAGGCCGAGCAGAUAUCUGUCAGGAUUGGCAAGGAGAGCUUUGAUGUGGUAGGUCUCCGAUCCCACCCAAAGUACAGUAUUGGGAAGCUACAAGCGCAUGGAAUCCCUGAAUUUUAUGAUUAUGAUAUUGCCCUAGUGAAUCUCAGCAGAGAAGUCAAGUUCCGUCCCGCUGCAAGGCCAGUCUGCCUACCAUGUACAGCUGGAACCACACGGGCUCUAAGGAAGCCUCAUCCUCAGACCACUUGUAGGGACCAUGAACAAGAGCUCCUGCCUGUUGGCAAUGUUCCUUCUUUCUUUGUAACCAGCUGUGAACACAGCAAUGCUCUGGGGCCUGGGCUGCGUCGCAGCAAUGUGAAGAUCAAGACUGGUGAAAAGAAAUCGGCCUGUGAGGAAGAUGCCAGGAAAGCCAAAUACUACAAAAACGUCACUGACAUCUCACAGGUAGUGACCGACCGUUUCCUCUGCACAGGGGGCAUUGAUCCUGAAGUGGACCCCAACACUUGCAAAGGUGAUUCUGGAGGUCCCCUCUUAGUCGAUAAAAGACACCGUUACAUCCAGGUGGGUGUGAUCAGCUGGGGUGUGGAGGAUGUCUGUAGAAACAAGAGGCUUCCUAAGUGCCAGAGUGACAACGCUUUCCAGCAGCAGUCCCCCUCACAUGCCAGAGAUUUCCACAUUAACAUCUUCAAGGUCUUGCCCUGGCUCAGGGAAGAGCUGCGUGACGAGGGGCUGGAUUUCCUCCCAUGAAAGGGAAGAGGACCACCAUCACCCAGACACACACCCUGUAGACUUGCACUUCGCCAUCCCACCUGGGACAUUCUGUGUAAAUAAAACCGAUAUCCUUAAAUCCUGUAAAGUGAAUGGACUGUUAAUAAUUGUGUAUUAAAUUCCAUUACAUGGAAA